UUGUUCGAACUGAAACUAAAUUUGCUCUACCAACGUUUCGAUCGAUUUUUGGUGUCGGUAAAGUAGAUCUAGAAAAGGCGCCUUUAUUGGUCAACGCUUAAAUGUUGUUUUAAUUCGAACUCAAACCAUUUUAGUUAGAUUUGCUUUGUCAACAUCUCGAUUGACGUCGGUAAAGUAGACCUAGCAAAGGCGCCGUUAAUGACCAAAAAACUAAAUUUGCCUCGACCAAUCUUCCUCACCGGGUGAUCUCUUUCCUUAAAAUAACGCUGAAUUUUCUGUGUUGCCGAGUGAGUACUUGUUGUUGAUUGUCUGUUUUGUUGUGGCGCCGUAUACUCUCUUUCGCCCCCUCCCUCCCUACCCUCUUCUUUUGGCUGUCGUUGUUUGUGUCUGUUUGUGGAUCCGCUCCGCUUUGCGGCGACGACGACGGGUUGGAGAAAAUAGCGAUCCGCGAGAGUGAAAACGAUGAUGAUGAUGACGUUUUGGACGCGCGAGCAUGAGCGAUGAGCGCUGAACAAGAGAAGCGAUGAGAGCGCAUGAUGGGAUGAGCAAUGGAUGUGCGUGUUUUUUGGAUGGCGAGCGAGCGAGAUAACGCGGUAGCUCUGGUGACUGGUGGCGCCUCCGGCCUGGGACGCGCAACGGUGGAGCGGUUCGCCCGGACUGGAAGUAAGGUGGUGCUUGCGGAUCUGCCCACGUCCAAGGGUGCCGAUGUGGCGAAGGAGCUCGGCGACAACGUCGUCUUCGUGCCGGUUGAUGUUCUCUCCGAGAAGGACGUAACCGGGGCGCUCGAGCUGGCCAAGUCCCAGUUUGGCCGGCUGGACGUGGCCGUCAACUGUGCCGGCAUCGCCGUGGCCGUCAAGACGUACAACUUCAACAAGAAGGUCGCCCACAAGCUCGAGGACUUCCAGCGCGUGCUGCUGGUCAACACGGCCGGCUCGUUCAACGUGAUCCGCCUCUCCGCGGGACUCAUGGGCGAGAACGAACCGAACGCGGACGGUCAGCGCGGGGUGAUCGUCAACACGGCCUCGGUGGCGGCCUUCGAUGGCCAGAUUGGCCAGGCUGCGUACGCCGCAUCCAAAGCCGCGGUCGUCGGAAUGACGCUGCCCAUCGCGCGCGACCUGAGCACCCAAGGAAUUCGCAUCUGCACCAUCGCGCCCGGACUGUUCAACACCCCGAUGCUGCAAGCCCUGCCGGACAAGGUGCGCGCCUUCCUCGCCAAAACCGUUCCGUUCCCGCAGCGCCUCGGCGAACCGGCCGAGUACGCCCAGCUGGUGCAGUCGAUCGUGGAGAACCCGAUGCUCAACGGGGAGGUCAUCCGGCUGGACGGAGCGCUGCGCAUGAUGCCCUAGAGAAAAAGUGUCCCUGUUGGAACCUUCACCUUCCCGUCUGCGAUACGGAUGCAUUUAUUAGUCUUCUAAGCGGGUCGUCAAACGAUCCGAGAAAGAGAGUUGCCAGUUGCCUUAUAGAGAUAUAAAGAAUAAAGUUUUUUGGUUUUCAUAAAGGUUUGCAUAAUAAAAA